GAGAGAAACUAAGGCCGGGUCACAGUCUGAAGCAGGCGAGAGGACGCGGGAGUCCAACAGGUAAAAAGUGCGAUCCUUUCACUCACCGAACUUCUCAAGUCACUGCGUGGCCUCAGUGGGGGAUACUUCGGAAGACGCGAAACGAAACGGCAACUUGGAACGAACGGUACUUGGAACACGGAGGAUUUUGCCGGUCUGCUGUGGUAAACCCCACGAUCGUGUCAGUGAAACGGUGCACUCGCGGUGGAGCUUCUUCUAAAGAGCGAUCUUAUCGCGGAUCUUCCCCGGAGCUGCGUUUCACUGCCCGGCCGGUGUUUAGUGACGAAACAGAGUUUCACGGUGAGCGCGUGCGUACCAGCGCGCAAGCGAUCGGGAGCGUUUCGUUCAUUCUCCGUGCGGUGGCUCGUUUGUCCCGACACAUUCAACCGACGACUUGUUGGUUUGAAAGUUCUGUCGUCCUUCGGCCGGACCCUUCCAAAGCAUGGGUCAUUUCCGCGACGCUGCGGUGACGUCAUACCGUUGCUCUGCUCCACCAAUCUACAGAAAAUAUUGUUGUUCAUCCGAUAUUCAAGGAGAACUUGCAUUAGAAAAUACCAAGAUGUAUUAAUCAGAAAGUAGUUCGUAAUACUACUAGAUACUACUAGAUAAUACUACUAAUAGAGAAUAGAGCUUCAAUUAUUAUUAUUAUAAUGGUGGUUGUUCUAUGUUUUCCUUGAUAAUAAACCGAGUAAACAGUGCACUUGUGCUUUGACCUUCAUAAGUAACAGCUCGACCUGGCUGCAUCAUUAGGAAACUUUAUCGACGCCAGGCUCAAAACCUCGUUCGUGUUUGUCAACCAACUGGCUGAACUUGGAGAGUUUGGUCUGAGCUUGGUGGUGUGAUUCAGUCCACUCAGUGAAACUACAAAAAAAAAAAAAAAACAUAAAUAAUGCUGGUCCUGAAAGCUAAAUGAGCUGUGGCAUCUCUUGGUCUCAGAUGGUUUGUUUUUGUUUGUUUGAGACAGGUGUUUUUGGAUCGGACAGCAACUUCAUCCCCACAGCAGUGGCUUCAGAUGAGCGAGUCACCGCUUCACCUUCCAUCGAUCACCUUUGUUUGGUCCUGACCACUGCAGCUCACCUCCAAGGCUGGAGCGAUGUCGGAGUCGGACGGCCGCUUACCCUCCGUCUCCUCGGUGUCUUCCAUCUCUCUCCUGGAGAUUAAAACCGAGACCCAUCUGGUUCUCAAAGCUUUCCUCAAUCGAACCCUUGCCAUCCCCACCCACGAGAGGCUUGGCCGGGUGGGAGGAGCCUACAAAGACCACAACAAGUUCAGCGCUCACUUCAGGGACGCUCACAAGCCCAAGGAUGAGCCGGGUCCCCACGAUGACGAUGGCAGCUCCUCAGAUGAGAAGAAGUCUGGCUUCAAGGGCUUCCUCAAGCAGCUGCCCCGCCGCAACAACUACCGCAAGGAGGCUAACGGCUCUCUGGAGAAGGAAAGCGCCAAGUCUCCAUCAUCGUCCUCCGAUGAUGAAGAUGGGGAGAAGAAGCAGACCAAGAAGAUCAGCCAGAAGAACAUCAGAAGGAAGCUCUCCAAGCUCUUCAAGCUGAGGAUAGAGAAGGAGAAGGAAGGGAAAAGGGAGCGCGAGCGGGAGAAGGAGAGAGAAGCAGAGGCGGAGCGAGACCAGGAGAAGGGGAAGCAAGACAGCGGGUCGCAUCCACAGAGGCCGACAUUCUUGUUGAUAGACUCCACAGAUGAGCACAGAGAGACCACCAUUUCCCCUGGCCACCCUCCUGAGUUCUACGAUGAGGUGGCAGAGAAGCUGGAAAAGAUCGCCCAAAGAAGCACCAGUAUAAGAAGCCCUCUGCAAUGUCAAGUGCAGCCUCCAACGCCCCCAACAGGGGAGUGGAAUAAAGAGCUGGUAGUGCAACAGCUCGUCCAACUACUCUGCGUGGAAGGAGACAGCAUCAACAAGAAGAUUGAGACGGAUCCCUUUCUCCGCAGCAGCUUGAAUCGUCUCUCGUUCGCGUCGUACGCAAAGCUCCUGGACACAGUCAGCAGCACUCAGAUGAACGAAGCCCCACCCUUGCCACCGACGGCCAGCCCCACGCUCAGACGCAUGGCCGUCUCCAUGGAAGUGUCUCGCCGCAUCGUCACCGCCACCGGAGCCCAACUCAUGCAGGGCUAUGCGGAGUGCUACAUGGAGACGUUUGCCCCCUGGGUGAAGAGUCACGGAGGAUGGGAGAACGUGGUGGACCUCAGUGACUCAGAGUUCGACUGAUUCCACUUCACCAGAGCCGCGGACCUGACACUGAGAAACACUGCUGACCUGAGUCAAUCUGACCGUCAGGCACUGAGCUCAGUCCAAAGAUACUCCUGUCUGGAGGAAGGUUUUCUUUUCCCUACUUCAGCUCUGCCUGUUGGAGUCAGGCUCCAGCAGGAGGGGAGAACAUUUUAGGCUGUUUCAGCCGCUGUAAUAGUCCUUUUUUGCUCUCAGUUUCUUCACUGUCCCGAGACCCUGGUCCUGAUAACAGUGUGUGUUUCCCUUCAUCACUGAAGGGAAACACACACUGGUCUCAGCCAAACACACACUUCGUCAUCUUUCAAGCCAAUUCUUACCUGUGGCCCGAAAGGCGUGGCUUGUUGACUGUCUCCAUGGCAACUGAGUUGCACACUUGUCAUUGUAUUUAAAUGGUUCAGCAGCGACAACGUCGGACCUCAAACAGGAAGUGAAGUAGGGACAAAAUGAGCCCAACAACUGUGGACUUUUGAAUGCAGAUAGUCUGGAACACACAGAUGCUACAGGUUCUCCGACCGAACCUUAAACUGCAGGGACUUUAUUGAACAGCUGUUGCACAUUUUUUAUUGUUCCAGUGAGACGACUUGUGUUGUGUUACCGCAUCGUGUUGUGUGGCCCUGAUGACUUGCAUCCAAGUCUGUUUACAUUCACGUUUUUUAUGAAAAGUCUCAACACUAGAGGAGGGCAGUUUUAUUAGCAGCUAUUAUUUAAGGUUGUUCCUGUCGACGUCUAUUUAUGAAGAGCCCCAAGAGACUUUCAAGUCUCCACUGCUGUGGAUUUAGAAGACGAAUUUAAGCCCAUUUGGCUGUACAACAAUUUUGUUGUUAUAUUGUUAUUGUAUUUUUACCAAUGCACUGAAUCAAUGUACAUGUGAUGAAUUUAUUUUUUAU